AUUCAUAAAAAUAUACAAGGCAAAAUCAGUGGAAGACUUCAAGCCUGAUCCAUACUUAGCAACAGUACUCAACUGCGCAAUGUGGUGCAUCUACGGUCUUCCCUUUGUGCAUCCAGACAGUUAUCUUGUCAUCUCAAUCAAUAGCGCUGGCCUUAUAAUCGAGCUCAUCUAUCUCGUCAUCUUCUUCAUAUAUUCUCCCUUCUCUAAGCGUAGGAAGAUCAUCAUUGCUCUUGUGAUUGAAACCAUCUUCUUUGUCUGCGUAGUCGUCAUCACCCUGCAAGUUUUCCAUACCACCAAAGACAGAUCCAUGAUAAUUGGGAUAUUAUGUAUUAUCUUCAAUAUCGUGAUGUAUGCUUCACCCUUGACAGUCAUGCGCAUGGUCAUUAGAACAAAGAGUGUGAAGUACAUGCCAUUCGCUCUCUCACUGGUCAACUUCUGCGAUACUAUUGUUUGGAUGAUUUAUUCCCUCCUAAAGUUCGAUGUCUACAUCUUGAUUCCCAAUGUUUUGGGAGCGUUUUCGGGUUUGGUGCAGCUCAUUCUGUAUGCCAUCUACUACAGGCCGACCCAAUGGGACACAACAGCUCGUGAGACCCAACUCUUUUAUGCAUAAGAAUCUUAAUGCUAUUCCCAGUUCAAUUUUGUAGCCGUAUUCACUUUUUUCAUGUGUCUGCAUAAGGUUUUACACUUCUUCAAAACACAGAACAGUUCCCACAUACCAAAAUAGAAGAGAGAUAAAAGUGAUUUGAUUAGAAAUGUCAAGUCAUCAUGAAAUUACUGUACAUGGAUCAGCAAGCAGGUCGUCUUCUUCUUCUUCUUUUUCAUUGCAGAUUUUGUAACAAACGACAGGCAUGACUUCGUCAGGACAUGUUUGUCAUCAUCUGGCAGGUUUUAAAAACUGGGGCUGGUAAACAAUACCCUUGAUUUU